CUGUAACCGGUUUGCUUAAUGUGCAUAACAGAGCCUUGCCCUUUUAUUACCAGGUAUCUACUCAUUUAUUUGCUCCCAGGGCACCCAAAUUUCGUUCAGUCCCCCAGAGACCUGAACACUCCUCAGACACGCCAGUACGAUGAGUGGCCACACAUCCCCCAGAUCGCCCACGAGCCUUGGACGAACAGAUUCGAGGAGCUCCAUAGAGAACCGAAUAUCAACAUCCCCUUCAUCCACCGAUAUACCUACCCUAGGCCAAACGACUCUCAGAGACCCCGACAGUGGCUCACCACCGCCUCUCAAUGCAGAGAAUGACAACCAAGGGGCGGACCCGAGGGUUGAAGCUCCACGAAUAUUGGCACGGCGAGAUGUAGCAGCCUUAAUCAUCAACAAGAUGAUUGGGACGGGCAUUUUUACAGGCCCUUAUACGGUUCUUGUAAACACUCGGAGUAAGAGAGUGGCCAUGGCGCUAUGGGUUCUCGGGCUUGCGUACACCAUCUUGAGUAUGAUAAUGUAUCUGGAAUAUGCCAGAAAACUUCCCUUCACAGGCGGCGAGCUAGUCUAUCUGGAUGAUGUAUUUUCAGGGCAACGGCUCUGGGCGUACACCUUGUAUGCCUUCUACUUUGUGUUUGUUUACACGACCUGUACGAACGCAAUGCAGUUUGCAAACCAGACUAUGCUGGCUUCAAAUGGCAAAGGCACCGUUGGCAAAGACGACAACAUGGAUAUGCGCCUUGUUCGCUUCCUUGCUAUUACCGCCACCACUGCUAUCUGCCUUCUGCUGUACCUCUCCGAGUCUAAAAGCCGCUGGCUCAACCGAGCCACUGCUGCCGCAAAACUCCUCUUGCUCGUGGUUAUUGUGGGCUUUGGUGGAGCCUAUAUUAAUAAACAUGGCGCGCAUACGAAUGAUUGGGGGUACAGUCCGGUCGAUGGUUCUCCUCCCACUUACCAUGCAGACUGGGUUGUUGCAUUUAUCACAGUGUUGUUUAGUUUCCAUGGCUGGGAAAAUGCCACUCUUGUUACUGGAGAAAUUCCGUCUUUUUCCGUUCUCAGAUCAGGUUUCAUCCUAGGUGUAUCCUCGGUCGGAAUAUUAUACUUAGUUGUGGCCUGUCUGUUUUGUGUCGCAUUCCCGGAACAAAAAACACCCAAAAAUUACGCCGCAGCUUACUUUAGUGUGAGCACCAAAGAUUCCGCUGGUGAAUUUUCAGACACUGCGGGAGUGGCCACGGCUAUCCUUAUAGCUAUUUCAGCCAUCGGCAGUAUGAUCAGUGUUGCUUACACUAGUGUUAGAGUCAAACAGUGCAUUGGCUGGGCAGGUAUAUUGCCAUGGUCUUGGUUCUGGAGGCGAUCCGGCCCUCUAAGACCCAAAUUCAGUUGGCAUGACGUCAACGAAAACGAACAAGCGGUUGAGUAUCUGUUGGAUCAAGAUCCACUCACUAACCGAGGAACCCCAGAAGGUGGCAUUGUGCUGCACUGGAUCGUAACUGUCGUUUAUAUAUGUCUCACCGCUACACAAGACAAACUCCAGGACGCCAUCAACUUCUCAGGAAAUCUUGUGGUCUAUGGGCACUUUUUGAUUGAAGGACUUGUCGCAGUCGGCUUCAUUUGGCUGGACCCUGUCCCUGUGCAUACCCGACUUAUAGGGUAUCCCGCGCGAAAUUGGCUCCCUGCCGAUCAACGCCAUCCGCCGCCGUGGAUGCGACAACUGCGUGAUAGAAACGUCUCGUCAUUCCAGAAGCUCAAGCACGGGAUACUUCAGACAAUCCUAGGUUUAGUGGUUCUCUUGUUCAGUUUCGCCGUCGUCAUAUUUGAUCUUUUCAGACGCCAAGGUCAAAUAGCCUUGGGUGUUACGGGAGGUAUCCUAGUCCUGGCCUCGGUUUAUUGGGCUAUCUUCGUUCAAUCUGAUGCGAUAUAUGAAUUUUUGGGGUUCAAGCUACGUAAGGAUGUUCACGGCGAAGACGAUCACAGCGAUCCCUCAAGGCGCUGUCACUGGUGUUUCGACGGUAGCCGCCAUCGCCAUCCACAUGACAGCUAUGAAUUCUUUAACGAGGUCGAGGUCUGUAGCACAAGUCGUCGGACUCGUUUUCUUCAUCUCAUAUUUGGCAGCGGGUCUCACGAAGAAGCCUUUCGCCGUCACCUUGAUUCUGAGCAACGCCGCAACGGAACUCCCCUUCAGGAAUAAAUCGAUAGGAAAUACAACACUUUAGCUUCGUCAGCG